CAACAGCCCAGAAGGGACAAGAGGAAGCUUGUGGUAAAUAAAGCAAGAAGCUCCAGCAACUUGGAUCUCUGCUUAUUCAAUCACGAGGACACGGCUAACUCUUCUGAGCCUAUCUUUGAGCCUAACCAUUGCUCAAGUGCUCCGGUUAGUCUGGGGAAAGAAAAAUUUCACCCUGUGACUCCAAAGAACCCCAAAGAGAGGACGCUGGAGAAGAGGGAAAGCAGGCCAGGAACCGAUAUGGUGGGCCACCAGGAAUGCACCAUGGAAGAGAACGUCAGGGACAAUUGCACUCCCAAAAUCUUACAUAAGACUCUGACUGCUCCUGCUCCGUUUGCAGACGAAGUCAGCUGCCAGUGCCAAGCACCCCAUGAAAAACUGACCAUUGCUCAAGCCCGCUUAGGAACCCCAGUUGACAGGCCUGUCAGAGUAUAUGCAGAUGGAAUAUUUGACCUCUUUCACUCAGGCCAUGCAAGAGCCCUUAUGCAAGCAAAAACACUGUUUCCCAACAGCUACUUGUUGGUAGGAGUUUGCAGCGAUAACCUUACCCACAAAUUCAAAGGUUUCACCGUGAUGAACGAAGCCGAGCGAUAUGAAGCUCUCAGACACUGCCGCUAUGUAGAUGAAGUCAUCAGAGAUGCUCCAUGGACACUCACACCCGAGUUCUUAGAAAAACACAAGAUUGACUUUGUGGCCCAUGAUGACAUUCCGUACUCUUCUGCUGGCUCUGAUGAUGUUUACAAGCACAUAAAGGAAGCAGGAAUGUUCGUUCCAACUCAGAGAACGGAAGGCAUCUCAACAUCGGACAUCAUCACCAGAAUUGUCCGGGACUAUGAUGUUUAUGCCCGUCGCAACCUCCAGAGAGGGUACACAGCCAAGGAACUGAAUGUCAGCUUUAUAAAUGAGAAGAAAUACCGCUUUCAAAAUCAGGUAGACAAGAUGAAAGAAAAGGUGAAGACCGUGGAGGAAAGAUCAAAGGAAUUUGUUAACAGAGUGGAAGAAAAGAGUCAUGAUCUAAUUCAAAAGUGGGAAGAGAAGUCCAGGGAAUUCAUUGGCAACUUCCUCGAGCUGUUUGGGCCUGACGGAGCAUGGAAGCAGAUGUUCCAGGAGAGGAGUAGCCGGAUGCUACAGGCCCUGUCCCCGAAGCAGAGCCCUGUGAGCAGCCCCACCAGGAGCCGGUCCCCUUCCCGCUCCCCGUCGCCCACCUUUUCAUGGCUCCCAAUCAAAAGCUCACCCCCCUCCUCACCCAAAGCUGCCUCAGCCUCCAUCAGCAGCCUGAGUGAGGGGGAUGAGGAUGAGAAGUAAAGGCUGCGGGCAGACCAUAAGAGCCACACCACGCAGGCUAGGGAGGAGGGCAGGGACACUGGGGAUGCCUGGGUGGUGUUUGAAGGGUCAUAGUUACAGGAGCUGCAGCUCAGCAGAGAGACCCUGAGCU